GCUACUGGAAGGCUGACACGUUCAUUCUAGUGGUCAGUGAACAUCAAAAGCUGAAAAAGAGGGAGAGUCAUCAUACGUGUUGCAGUCAGAGUUUUAGCCUAUAAACCUGUGGCUAUAGGCUAUUAUAAGUUUUACUACAAUUCGCCUAACUCCAGGUCCUGACUGUCAUGUAGCCGGCAUCGAGCAGCUUUUCAUCGGGCGGCGAGUCAGAGAUCCCGCGCAGCCAUGACUAUGCAGUGUAUCUGUCAGAUCUGCAACUGCGGGAAGCACCACUGUCCAUGUGAGUCUGAGGGUGCCGGGGAACCCCCUCCCGACGACACUUCUGACGUCAUUGCCCCCGGCGACGAGGAACCCCUGAUCUCGGAGUACCAGAGGAGGUUUCAGGCUCACCCCGACGCGGUGCGCACCACCAGGCCUAACCAUGACCACCAGUACAAACCCCCGCAGGGCAAGAUGGCCCACACCACCACGUUCAGGCAUCACCAAGAAGAGUACAAAGCUCCAGAGGGAAAGAUGGCAGAUGUCACCAUAUCCAGGUCAGACUAUGUGCAACACCCUCUGAUUCCUCGGAACCCGAGGCCCAAGAGCGCGUACGUCCCCCCCGAGGGAGAGAUGCGCAGCGGCACCACAUACACUGAGGACUACCAGCCACACGCCGCCCCCGCCAUGCAGCUGCACCCGCAACACAGUCACCACAACACCAGGGGGCAGCACCAGCAGAUGCAGAUGCCCACAGCGGGCAAGAUGGACACCCUGUCCACCUACAAGGAUGAGUUCCGCACCUGGCCCCUGCAGAGGCGACAGCCGUACCGGGAGGUGGACAACCUGUGCAUGACGCGAGAGGCUGCCUGUCGCUUCACUGCCACCACCACCUUCAGGGACGACUACCAGCCUGUCACCACCAACGUGGCACGCCAGCCCUGCAAGCCGGCAGCCUCCUGCCUCAACAUGUACCAGGGCCAGGGCCAGGCCGCCCCGUUCACCUCCACCACCAACUACCGCCUGCAGUAUGUCAAACAUCCACUGGAGGUGUCCAAGAGGCCGUCCAGCGCCCCUGUACGCGGCACCGCAAGUAGCCAUCUCAUUUAG